GAGACUUCCCCAGCCUCAGGAGGCCCAGCUGAGCUCUUACAGAGCUUUCUGAUCCAGCUGAGCCAAGGGGUUUGUGUGGGUAGAGGACGUGAGUCAACAAAUGGUCUCUGUGAGCUGCCAGGAGCUGCUCCCCUCCCUGACCAGCUCUUCCCUGCUAGAGAGCUGUGCUGGUGCCCUGCAGCGUGACAUGCCACCAUCCCUUCUGCCAGGGCACGGCAGUGAGAGGGCAUCCAGCCACCAAGAAGGCUCUGAGCUUCUCCUUGCAGGCAGCAGCAGCCCCUCUGAAGUCACCCCACUGCCCCUGGCCAGGGCAAAAAGGGAAGACACAACCCCCCAAGUCACUCUCUGCGAGGCUCACCUCAGGCUGCCUGACUUCUGCAGCAGCCUCUCCCAGGACUUCAUUCCCACCCUGGAGGAGAUUGAGGAGUUCCUAAGGGAGAAGGCUGAGUUCCUUAAAGAUGAAGCAAGUGUGCCUCACCCAGCUGGAGAGAAGGCUGAGCUCGAAUCUGAGACCAGCUUAGGUGGCUCUAGGGGACAGCCUAUCCCCAGGGUGCUUCAAGAAGAUGUCUCAAGUGCUGCUCAGCCUGGUGGGGCAGCUGAUGGUAGCGACCAGGCAGCAGCCACAGGCAGCAUCCCUCUUGUCCUCCAAAUCCAGCCUCUCCAGGUGGACAGUAGCAACCCACUGGCACAGAGUGGUGUCAGGGUGACCCAGUUAGUUGUCAGCUUGCAGGGCCAAAACUUCUCCCUUCUCCCUCAGGUCCAGCCCCCUGUGACCACUGUGGACCAAAAGUACAUCAAAAUUGCCCCACUGCCAAUCACCACAAGCCCAGGGGUGCAGGAGGGUGUGCAAGAGCUGGGGGCAAACCCCAAGCUUCAGACAGCUCCCCUGGUCCGUGCCCAUCGGUGCUCACACCCAGGCUGUGGCAAGAUGUACACCAAGAGCUCUCACCUCAAGGCUCACCUCCGGCGGCACACCGGUGAGAAGCCCUACACCUGUGCUUGGCCCAACUGUGGCUGGAGGUUCUCCCGCUCGGAUGAGCUCUCCCGGCACAGGCGCUCCCACUCUGGCCUCAAGCCCUACCAGUGUGCUGCCUGCCAGAAGAGGUUUGCCCGCAGUGACCACUUGGCCAAGCACAUGAAGAUCCACAGAGGACACCCCUACGAGCAGGGGACACUCCAGGGGGACAGCAGCACUUAA